CUUUCUUUUUCCUUUAAGUUUUUUUACAUGUUGUGUGCCUUAUAAUGCACUUUUUCUUCUCUUAAAUCUCUUUAUAUUUAGGCUUAUUGUAUUUUGUGAACUCUGCAUGAGCCAUAAUUUCAUCAACGAUCGUUUUUCUGCAUUCCUUUGUAAGAUGCGAAAAGUAGAAAUCGAUUCGAGAAUCGACAACCUUAUCAAUAUGGAAUGUUUUGGAAAUGUUUUCAUGUCAUUCUUCUUGUAGAAGUGUUUGUGAAAUUUAAUUCGGAUUUCAUUCAUAAUUCUUCAAGAUUAUGCCUAAUAUCUGGCGUUAUUUAGGUGCUCUCACGUGCAACCAAUCUGCUCCUAUAUAUACAUCUUUCAUUUUUGCGUUGUUUACGUAAUACUUUCAAUUGAUACUUGACCAACAGUGGUACAAUGUGAAACAAUUUUUUGAAAUCUAGAAUGAUAAUGAUUUUUUAAGUCUGAUUUUUUAAAUUUUAUCAGAAAUCUUUCGAUAAGCAAGCGUAUUUUCCUCUAUAAUAGAACAAAUUUAUCGCAGGUUUAAACAGUUUCGAUUAGGCCCGCUGGUGAGACGAGUUGUGCUCCGAUUUAAAUUUGUAGUCUUUAUUUCGAAAUGAUACUCGUAGCUGGAAAACUGGCAUUUGUUACCGGUGCUGGAAGCGGCAUUGGAAGAGAAGUAUGUCGAGUUUUGGCUCGUGAAGGCGCAAACGUUGUCGCAGCCGACCAGAAUAUCAAAACUGCUCAGGAAACUAUUGCCUCCUUAGAAGGUGCUGAACAUAUUGCAUUGCAUAUUAAUGUUGAGGAUCGAAACAGUGUCGAAACUGCGUUUAAAGAUGUCGUGAAGCAAUUUUCAAAGCCUCCUACUAUUAUUGUUAAUUCGGCAGGCAUCUAUCGCAGAAACUUUUUGACCGAGGUUGAUGACAAUAUCUUUGAUGAUGUCAUCAAUAUCAAUUUAAAAGGUACUCUUCUAGUCAUGCAAAUUGCUACUAAAGCGAUGAUAGAGGGAAAUGCAACUGAAAAUUCUUCAAUUAUCAAUAUAAGUUCGAUUGCUGCUACACGUAGAGACGUUGGACAAAGUAUUUACAGUGCGUCAAAAGCUGGAGUGAUAGCUAUGACAAAGAACGCUUCGUUGGAAUUUGGACAGUAUGGAAUUCGGAUAAACACAGUAUUGUCUGGUUUUAUAGAAACUCCUAUGAGUGCACAUGUAUCUGACAAAAUUAAGGAAACGCUUAUAAAAUAUAUAUCAUUACAAAGAUGGGGAAAACCAGAAGAAGUAGCAGAGGUUAUCGUGUUUUUAGCUUCUGAUAAAAGUUCUUAUAUAAAUGGAGCCUCUAUUGAAGUUACUGGAGGAUUGAAUUAGGAUUGAAUUAGUUUUACUAUUCAUAUAUAUA